AGCACCGCCUCUCGCUCUCGGGUGACGUAGGCCGGCCGGCUGUUGAUAUAGCCGGCGGUUGCUAUGGUAACAGGGCCGGUUUGCUUGGCUGGGCCUAGGAGGAAUCAACAUGGGGAGCUCCCGAGAGCAGAGAUUUCAGACUUGAGUAUGGAGAUGUAUGAGAUCCUCGGAAAAGUGGGAGAGGGAAGUUAUGGAACGGUAAUGAAAUGUAAACACAAGGAAACAGGACAUAUAGUUGCCAUUAAGAUAUUUUAUGAGAAGCCUGAAAAGUCUGUCAACAAAAUUGCAAUGAGAGAGAUAAAGUUCCUGAAGCAAUUUCGUCAUGAAAAUUUGGUCAAUCUGAUUGACGUCAUUAAACAGAAAAAGAAAAUCAAUUUAGUCUUUGAAUUUAUUGACCAUACAAUUUUAGAUGAGCUACAGCAUUACUCUCAUGGAUUGGAUAAUAGAAGACUUAAAAGGUAUCUCUACCAGAUUCUUCGAGCAAUUGACUAUCUUCACAGCAACAAUGUCAUUCAUCGUGAUAUCAAACCUGAGAAUAUUUUAGUUUCACAGACUGGAAUUACUAAACUUUGUGAUUUUGGAUUUGCUCGGACCUUAGCAGCCCCUGGUGACAUUUAUACUGAUUAUGUGGCCACACGGUGGUACAGAGCUCCAGAGUUGGUAUUAAAAGAUACUACAUAUGGGAAACCUGUGGACAUCUGGGCUUUAGGUUGUAUGAUCAUCGAGAUGGCCACUGGCAACCCCUAUCUUCCCAGCAGCUCUGACCUAGACCUACUUCAUAAAAUUGUGACCAAAGUAGGUAACUUGACACCUCACCUUCAGAAUAUUUUUAUAAGGAGUCCAGUUUUUUCAGGGAUGGUCCUUCCUGAAGUUCAGCAUCCUAAAAGUGCAAGGAAAAAGUAUCCCAAGCUCAGUGCACUGCUUGCAGAUAUGGUUCAUGCUUGCUUACAAAUGGAUCCUGCAGAUAGGAUAUCAUCUGCUGAUUUGUUACAGCAUGACUAUUUUACCAGAGAUGGUUUUGUUGAAAAAUUCUUACCAGAAUUGAAAUCCAAAUUACUACAAGAAGCAAAGUUGAAUUUUCUUUCAAAAUUCAGAGACAAUAAUAAAGAGAUGGAUGAAAAAAGAACAGUUCACAUUAACGUGUCUCAGAGUGGCCCAGUUAUUGUGAAAGAAAUUGAAAAGGACAAAAAACCAAAGGAGAUGAAGAUCAAAGGGAUUAAAAUGAAAGGGGUGAAAUCUGAAAUCUCAGAGCUGAAAAGGAAUGAACAAGAAGAUGCAGUUUCGCAGUGGGCUGCUUUGUCUCAGAAUGCUCUAAACCUUCCUCAUGAGAACAAACUGACAGGCAAUGAUGGCACUGGUCUGGCAGCUGGCACUGACGGUGGUGGGACAAAGGAGGAUUCUCCACAGACGCCCACUAUGACAAUGCCACGCAUCAACCCAAACUGCGGAAAUCUUACUGCAAAUUUCAAUUCACACUUCCUGUGCCCUAAUUCAAGAUUACCUGAAAAAGCAAAGAAAAGACGAAGUCCUUGGCCACAAGUGUCACAAAUAGGUCCAAAUAACCGUCAAGAGGAAGGGACUAUAUCUCAAAACCAAAUAGAGAAGGUCUCUCUGUAUGAAAGAGCUGCUCAGAUUGAUCAAAUAGUCACAAUAAACAGAAAGAAACGCAAUAUUUCAAGAUGUGAGAAGAAGGACAUUCACUUCCCAGAGCUAACCACGGGGCAACAGAAAGAACUAAAAGGAAUGGAAAUUAAACAGGUAAGAGUGCUGAAGAGGGAGUCAAAGAAAUCUGAAGUAUCUAAAAUACCAUCUUUACUAAAUGUGGAUCAGAAUCGUGAAAAACUUGAGAACACAGGAAAUGCAGGAAAUACACAAAAUGAAAACUAGCCAAGUUUGCCCGUGAAACAGCAUGCAUCUUGGGAAGAUGUACAGUGUCUGGAGGAAUAAGACGCUUGCUUUUAAAAAAAACUUUUCAUUAAAAAAGUUUCAUGAAUAACUCUGCAUACCAUGUGUAGAUCCUCUAAUAAAGUAUUUUGAAAUGUGA